AUGCCUACGCGAAAUUGGAAAAAUGAGCUUGUCCCCAAGAUUGUCGACAACAUAGCAGAAGUUGAUCCGGAUGCAUUGUACGCGGAAUAUCCAGUUUCGACCGUGACUUACGAUCAAGGAUAUCGCAAGAUCACGUUUGCUGAUUUUGCAAACGCCGUCAAUUGUGUCGCUUGGUGGUUGCAUGAAACCUUGGGUCCAGGAAAGGGCUCUGAGGUCUUGGCAUAUAUCGGGCCUAAUGAUUUGAGAUAUCCGGCACUUAUGUUGGGCGCCGCAAAGGCUGGCUAUUUGCUUCGAGUACUGGAGGUCCCGACGGUUGACCAUCUUCUUGACGAGAAACAUAGACAUUUCCCAUACGAGAAGUCUUUCGACGAGGUUAAAGAUGAACCUUUCGUCAUUGUACAUACUUCUGGAUCAACUGGGUUUCCGAAGCCCAUGGUUUGGACGCAUGAUACUGCGCAAAGAAACAUCGCGUUGAUGGCGCUAGGUCCACCACCGGGAUACGAGGGCCUGCAUCAAAUGUAUGAAAAGAAGAGAGUCUUUCUGACGUUUCCACCCUUCCAUGGGGCAUACCUGUGUUGUCACUUAUUCAAUGCUGUACCAUUUGGAACAGUGAUGAUCAGCCCUACCUCCGGCGCAAUACCGUCUGCAAAAGGACUUGUAGAAGGACUGCAGAAAUCGCCAGCCGAUAUUGCAUUUAUAGUUCCUUCGAUCGUGAGUGAAUUGAGUCAAAGUCCAGAUCUUCUCGACUAUUGUGCCAAGAAUUUGGAAAUGAUCAUCUACUGUGGAGGGGAUCUACCUCAAGCCACGGGAGAUAUUGUCGCAUCCAAGAUAAGACUGGUAAACCAAUUUGGAGCCACGGAACUAGGCCUAUCCAAUUUGAUCCUUCGAAAUGGAGAUUACGACCGAAAUGACUGGAAAUAUAUCGAAGUCCAUCCAGACAUAGGCGCCGAAUUUAGGUCUGUAAUCAACGAAACCCAUGAGUUAACCAUGAUUCGUAAUUCCAAAUUGGAAAAGCAGCAACCUACCUUCACCAUGUUUCCUCAAUCAGAAGAAUAUGCUACGCGUGAUCUAUUUAUCCGUCACCCCACCAAACCAAAUCUUUGGAAAUGGCAUGCAAGAGCUGAUGAUAUUAUUGUUUUUCUGAAUGGCGAGAAAACUAAUCCUAUUUCGAUGGAACAACAUAUUGUAGCUCGCAAUCCUGAGGUCCAGGCAGCCUUAGUGAUGGGCGCACAACGGUUUCAAGCUUCUCUCCUGAUUGACCCGGUAAAUGGAGAUACUGAGCUUUCAACUGCUCAACGUGCAGCUCUUAUUGAAAAGAUUUGGCCCUCGGUGGAGGAAGCAAAUCAGAAGUGUCCAGCCCAUGCAAAAAUUGCCAAAACACACAUUUUCUUUACGAACCCCAAGAAACGUAUGUUAAUCGCGGGAAAAGGUACAGUUCAACGAGCAGGUACUUUGCAGAUGUAUCAGCAAGAACUCGAUGCUUUGUACGCCGAUGCAGAUAGCAUGGUAGCAGAAUUCGAUGGUGAAAAUUCUGCCGACAUCAAUCUUGAUGAUCCAUUAACUGUUUCCGAAUUCUUGAAAGAGGUCAUAUUGAGUGUAACCUCUUGGACUCGUUUAGAUAUCAACGAGGACUUCUUUUCUCGGGGAAUGGACUCACUACAGGCUCUUACGGCAGUAAGAAAGCUUCGUCGUGGUCUUGGUAUCACUUCAAUUGCUUCAAGUACCCUGUAUACUAAUCCUUCAAUCGCUCAAUUGACAAGCGCUGUCUUGAAGCUUGCAAAAGAUGAUACAUCUGUAGAUGUUCAUCAGGAUACUCUACAAGUAAGAGAUAGUAUGCUUAAGGAGUUUCAAAAUCGCAUUGAUUCGGUAGAUUUACCGUCAGCGACUUCUCACAAACAAAUUGAUAUGAAUCAGGAGAUAGUCGUCUUAACAGGUUCUACUGGUACACUCGGCUCCUACAUUCUAGAAAGUCUCCUCGAAAAUCCACAGGUUGCACAUAUCUACUGUCUAAACCGAUCAUCAUCCGGAAAAGUUCCUCGGCCUUCUCGAAGCUCAACUGCGGAUAAAGAUCCUGCUAAUCCUCGAAUCACAUUCCUAACCACCGAUCUCACCAAGCCAAAUCUCGGUCUCCAAUCAGAAGAUUACACCAAGCUACUGCAAGCAAACCGCAUCAUCCACAACGCCUGGCCCGUAAACUUCAACCUAUCACUCGCCUCCUUCCGUCCCAGCAUCGAAGGACUAUUCAACCUCCUCACCCUCGCAAUCUCUAGCACCGGCAAAAAUUUCUUCUUCAUCUCAUCUAUCAGUUCCGUCAUGAGCUACAAAACCGCAUCGGGCUCUACCCCAGAGAAAAUAAUCCUCCCAUCUACCAACCCAUACCAACCUACCCUAGGACCAAACGGCUACGCAGAAAGUAAAUAUCUAUCCGAACUUCUAAUUUCCUACGCCUCCGACAAAUUCUCCACGAAGGGUUAUCAGUUUUCCCUCGCAAGAGUAGGUCAGAUAGCUGGUCCUGUCAAAAACAAAGGAAUAUGGAAUAAGACAGAAUGGUUACCCAGUCUCAUUCUCAGUUCUAUCCACAUAAGCUGUAUUCCCUCAUCACUAGGAUCUAGUCUUGGAAAAAUCGACUGGGUACCUGUAGAUUUACUCGCGGAUAUAAUUGUCGAGUUAACCUUGUAUGAAAACAAAGAAAAAGAAACCCAAAUCCAAGUUUUCCACCCUCUAAAUCCCCAUCCCACAACUUGGGAAAAUGUCAAAGAAGAUUUAGUUGCAGAUCUCUCUAGUAUUACUGGUAAGGAAAUAGAUAUCGUUCCGUUAGAUAUAUGGAUUGCACGAGUUAAACAAGAUGUGGAAAGUAAAGCGGGGGUGGGAAAGAUGUUGAUAGAUGGGGAAUUGGAUGGGAUACUAGAGGUUAAUCCGGCGGUUAAGUUGAUUGAUUUUUAUGAGGAUGUUUUGGGGGAUAAGGGGGUGAGUAAUGUGUUGGAGGUGGAGGGGACGAUGAGGGUUAGUGGGGCUUUGAGGGGGUUGGAGCGGGUGCAGAGGGGCUGGAUUGGGAAGUGGAUUGGGGAGUGGGUGGGUGUUUGA